ACAGAUGACUUUGAUGCCGGGCUGCCUUUCAGUCGUAUGGGAAUUCAAGAUCGCAUACUCGCCUCCGUAGUGUCCCCUCAAUAUCCACAACGGGUAUCUGGUCCUUUUGUGCCGCGGAGUCAGUCACAAACACCUCUCUGCAUCCUGCCGAACGUUCUCCAGAAGCGAAAGCGCCAGAGAGACAGCCUCGCCUAUCCCAACGCACAGCAUAGCGAAUCAGGAGACAGUCUCCCGCGACGUCCACGUAAACGUCAUAUGUUCUCCUUGGGGCUGUCAUCAUUUUCAUCAGCAGAAAGUUCAUCCGACAUCGCGAUUAUAGAAGUACAUAACUCUGCAAUUACUAAACGUAACCACGACGCUGGAUCAACUAUUCACCCGAUAUAUGCGUCGCAAAUACUCCUCCCGAUGACCACGCGUCAUCUGCUCCCCGUUACCUUACUCCCCCCUUCAAAGCUAUGUCAAAAUACAAAUCCCAUGAGUCACCAUUCCAUUGGUCUUCACGAAAUGAUCAGGAGCAUGAGAAGGCCGCCGACCCCAAUCGCGCCUACGAACGUGCCCCUGAAUUUACUCUCACCGUGAACGGUACCAGUCCUGUUGUGUGUCUUAAGGACUCUCCUCCUGUACCGGCGAUCGACUUCACCAAACUGCAAUUUCCUUCCAAGAACCGUUUGCGCUUUCCUCUUCUACGUUUAAAACCAGUUACUGCAACUGCCAAAGUCGGGAGCAGGGAGGAUGGUGAAAAUUCUGCUAGGCCGACAGCCCCAAAUCGUAUACGCAACCAAUUUGCGCAGGAUGUGCCUUCGGCUGCACAGCAACCAGGCAAGUCAGCGGUGCCAGGGGCCUGCAGUAACGGAAACUACGAGGAUACGGAAACCGCAUUGUCCGUCACACACCGAGGCACGCGGGUGGAAUCCUCUAGUUCUCCUAGACGCCUUGGCGAAGCUAUUGACUCCAGACACGACACGGUGACUUAUCACAUGGAUCAACUUAUACGGACGAGAAAACGUACUACAGAUCGCGAUGAGGUCCGGUUUGUAACGCUAUGGGAGAGUAAUGCGAUGUGGAAGGGUAUGAGAUUUUGGCAUGAAAACCUGAAAAAGCCGACGUGGAGUGCAGAUGCAGAUAUGUAGUAUCAUAGGAUAUUUUAAAUGUACAUCCAUGUCGACCUCAAUCGAGCUGAGGGGAGUUGCAACUUGUUGUCGUACUGCGCAGCUGCACCACUUUGCACUAUCCCAUGCCGGAAGUUCAUAAGUUUCGGAGAUGAAGACACUGGAAGUCUUAUGUACAGGAUUGAGUCUACUGACUUCGGCUGUAAAGGAACCCCAGUUGGCGUA